AUGGGUGACUCGGGAGACGAGGACGACUACAUGUCCAUGUCAUUCCUGACAGAAUCCGACCCCAGCACCACACGCCCAGAAACCUCUCUCCAGCGCCGCCAACGCGAGCGGCGCGAGGCUGAGAUCCGGGGCCGGCCCAAAUCCAAACAGGAGCUCGCCGCCGAGGCCAAGGCGGCGCGGGAGGCGGCCCUGUCACGGUCUUUGAUCCCGGGAGUUGCGUCGUCAUCCAAAUCGCAAACCAACCACCAAGGCGAAAAGGAUCACGACGACGACGAAGACGACCCCUGGAGUGCCCUGGCCCCGCCGGAGCCAGCCCUGGCCAAAAAGUCCAAGGGCCUCUCCAUGAUGGAGAAGAUGGGCUUUGCGCCGGGCUCGGCGCUGGGCGCCAAGGAGAAUAAUUCGCACGCGGCCACGGAGCCGAUACGACUUCAUCUCAAGGAGGACCGGGGCGGCAUUGGGCUGGACGCGCAGCGGAAGCGGGCGCUGGACGAGGCGGCGGAACGCGAGGGCGUGAACCCGGCAGCAGCCGCCGCCGCGGCCAAGAAACCCAAGAUCGACCCGCUCGAGUUCCGCGAGCGUAAUCGGCGGGAGCGCGAGGUCAAGCGCUGGGAGGGACAGGUUUAUGGCGCGCAAAAAGUGUGUGAGCGGAUGGACGAGGAGCGGGAUGCCGAGACGCGAGCGCAACAAGAGACCGAGGAGGAGGAGGAGGACGACGGCGCCGUAGAUGAAAACGGCAAGAGAAGGAAGAAGAAGCGGACACUAUCGACACGUCCACUCAAGAGCAUCAAUGUGCUUUGGCGCGGCCUGGUGCGCAGACGCGAGGAGGCGGAGCGCGAGCGCCGGAUGCGGUACGACUUGGAGCAGAGCCUGUCACGGCUGCCAACGUACGAGGACGAUACCGAGGACGCUGAUGACGCUCAGGCACUGGGAAAGAAGAAGAUGGCCUACGUGCCCGUAGAGGACUUGGAGGAGGAAGAUCCCGGGCUGGACGAGUUCAACGCGCUCGAGCCUGACGAGAAGCUUCGCAGGCUUGUGGACUAUUUGAGAAAAGAAUAUCGGUACUGCUUCUGGUGCAAGUGCUCGUACCCCGACGAAGAAAUGGAUGGCUGCCCGGGAUUGACCGAGGAUGACCAUGAUUGA